AUGGAUCCUGGAAUUGAUAGUGAAUGGCUUGGAUACAAAAAUGACAAUAUUGAUGAAGUACAAAAUAUUGGCAAUAUAGCCCGCAGUUGGCAGUGGAGGGAAAGAGGAAUAGAUCCCCCACACUACCCUAACAAUAAGACAGUACUUGAAAAUGCUGCUGAAGACAUUCUUGUCCAAAAACCUCUUAAAAUCAGAUGCUGUGACUUACCAGGAUAUCCAAGAUCGACAUUUUUAAUGGUUUUUAGUCCAGAUGGAACUAAAGUUGCCUCAACACAUGGAAAUCACAAUAUAUAUGUAUCAGAAUUAGCAAGUGGAAAACAUGUGCGAAUACUAAAGGGGCAUCCACGCACUCCAUGGUGUAUCGCAUUUCACCCAUCGCAUCCACAAUUAAUAGGUUCAGGAUGUCUUGGAGGACAAGUUAGGGUCUGGGAUAUUUCCAGUGGUGGUAGUGAAGUAUGGAAUGUGCGUGAUGAGACAGUGAUAGCUUCUAUUGCUUUCCACCCCAGAGAGCAACUGUUAGUGAUAGCUACAUACAACGAACUGUAUUUUUGGGAUUGGAACCAAUCAGCACCUUUUACUAAAGUCACUACUAAUAACAUCAAUGAAAAAGUGAGAUAUGUGGCGUUCGAUGCUUUAGGGUACAAAUUAAUAACUGGAAUUUCAUUAUGGGCGAGCCCAGGAGGAACCAGUGCCUCCUUGCUUCAACAAAAUACCAAUAUGAGUCCGACAAACAACCAAAACCCAUUUCGGAGAGAUGAAUCUGACGACAACAAUGGCGCUAACAGAACUCAAGAUAACUCGGGAUCAGCACAAGAAAUGAUAGUAAACUCUUACCAAAAUUUGGUUCAAAGAUAUGACAGUUUGGUUAGAAACUAUCAAAGAUUAUAUAUGGUCCGGCAUCGACUUACUAAUACACCGCCUCCGCCUAGUACGAUCGACCGCGGGACUGACCCGAUGGAGACGGACACGUCGCCCGGCGGCUUUACUCGUACUUCUCACUCUUCCAGCUCCGGUGGACAGCAAGAUGAUGGAAAUCCUGUACCCAGUACAUCUCGUCACGAUGGCGGUGGUAGCGGCGAUGGCGAAGGAAGUAGCAGUCGCUUGCUAAAUCUUGAUGUUUUAUCAUUGGGAAACUCUUCGAGGGGUCAAGAUUCGUCUCGUCAGGAGCAGUCUACCACAUUCGGAUCUAGGUCUUCGGCCUUUCAACCGUUAAAUGACUAUGUAGGGCGCUCAUUUCGUACUGUAGACCAAAAUGAGCGUGUGACGAGAUUAUUGCCCAAUCCGUUCUCAUCUACAAAUAAUAAUCCAAGAUCAGUUGCUGAGGGUUCGCAAUCUACAGACAAUUCUACAAACUCUUCACGCACAAGCAUAUUUACCUCGAUUCGACCGGAAUCAUCUUUAAAUUCAGAUGUCUCGCAACACAGGUCCUUCCGUAGCUUUUCGUCUUCACAACAUUCAUCUAGCACAUCGCGAAGAGAAAGUUUUCCAAUAACUCUUGAUGAUCUAACUCCGAUAACUCGUUGGCCACCACCAAGUCCAUCUACGUCCAAUACAAGUACGCAACAAAGACCGACAAUGACCAAUUCGUCUACGCAAAUGAGUCCCGUAUCUGCACCAAUGGAUGCACAAACAAUUAACGAAAGCUUAGAUUUAAUUCGCGAUAUACUUAGAGAUUCUGGAACUAGAUUAUUGAACUUGAUCACAAACAUGUCCUUAUCCACGUUGACCGACGUGGAAAGAAGUAGUCCUCGACGCGGAAGUAAUACUCGUGCUCAUUCCGAUGAAAGCGAAACUGGAGAAAGGACUCGUGAAACAAGACCUCGAGUCCGACUUUUCAGCUCUAGUCUACGUAGAGGAUUUUUUUCUACAAGCUCUGAUUCUGACAGUGAUCAAUCCUUGGAGGUAAAUAUUUUGAGAACCCCAAAUUCGACUUAUAGAGAAGACGAAUCAAGAGACGCUGGCGGUCAAACAAACGCAACUUUCAGUGACAGACAACAACAACCCACUGAUCGUAUGACGUUUGAGCUAAACGAGGACUCGCCAACAUCCGAGGGAACUUCCCAAGGCACAAGUGGAUUCAACAUAACCGCCAGUAGCAAUAGGUUCCAUGUUCGCACACAAAGAAGUUCAGCGGGUGAAGGACCUAGUACAUCAGCUAGAGAUCGAACUGUACCAUCUGAAAGUCGCAACGAUAGCUUUUCAGCCUUUCGACAGAGUGGAUCAUCAUCAAGCCGUGACAAUUUUUGGACUAGCGGUUGUGUAGUACCUCCUGAAGAAGCGUUUAGAAAAGUUAAAGGAGGCGUUAAUGCUUUACAAAAACAUACAAUGCAAUUAACAAAUUUGUGGCUACGCGGUAACCGUACUACAAUGCGUGAACUACGCAACAUGUGGGAGAAUUUACGUCGACGUAUAUUAAUGUUACAUAGAGAAACUGGACGUCAGGAUGUACCUAGUUAUUAUACUAGAUCCCUUUUAGAAAGGUGCAUGUUAUUGACUCAGAUGACGGAUCAUAUUCGUGGCUCUACAAGAAGCACCAAUAGACCAAGAACAGAAAAUAAUGAAUCUGAUAAUAGAAACCAAAACAAUGACGCUUCAGUAAACGACACAAAUGGCGUUUCAAAUAAUGACGAACAAAAUAUGACGUUUGUGGGUGAUAGAGCCCAUAGACAAUCACCACCGGGACGUUCGCCUCAGAGGCGUUCAUCUCCUUGCCAUCGCUCCUCCCCAUAUCUUAGGAGAAGGCUUCAAUCUAGUUAUAGAUGGAGGCCCGAAGAUGAACUCAGAAGAAGAUCUCGAAACCCCUCUGUUAAUCGUCUAUCUCAAAGAUACGCAAAUAGGCCUCGCAGGGAUUUUGUUAGAGCUAUGGAAAUUAGUGCUACAAGACAUGAAAUCCGCAUGCGGGCUAUGCAAGUAUUGUCAGUCAUGUUUAAUAUGAUGAUGAUGUGUUUAGAGGAGCGUGGCCUUAGUCAACUUAUCAUCAAUAUGUUAAGGACUCUGAAAAAGGCUUUAGCCUUAACCUGUUUAAUGUUAAUGACAAAUAGAAACACCAAUCGGACGGCAAAUAAUCCGUCGCAACAGUCAAGUCGCAUGGACCCUCUUAACGUAGUUCGAAUUGAAAAUAUUGACCACGCUGGCCCUGUUAAUGUUGAUGGACCAGAUGAAUCUCCAAAUUCUUUAUCCAGUGGAACUGAUGAAGACCACAUGAAAAAACGCGAAAAUAUGGAAAAUCAACCAUCGACGUCACAGGCACCUACAGUUGAUCAAAGUUCUCCAUCUAUAAACACUGUUCAAGAAGACUAUCCAUCGCCAGCUUUGAGCUCUUGUUCUCAGAGAUGGAGUAAUCGACUUGCAGUACAAAUUGCUGCAGCAAACCGAAAUAAUUCGGUUACUGCUAUAAAUAGAAGAAAAAUAUAUUUGGAACGUAAGCGCCAAAAAGCCUUACACAGAACUAAUCCAAUAGCCCAUCCACUUAUAAAGAAAAGACUUUUCCCUCCAGUCUCUACCCAUAGAAUACCUGUAUUGCGUUCCUUACCGCGCAAAACUCAACCAACGAAGGUUUCUUCGCCAAGAAAUGAAGCUGCUAAUGCAGAACCAGUACCUGGUCCUUCCAGCUUGGCUCCGGGUGCUGAAACUGCAAACCAAGAAUCUAGAAGUGACGUGCAAAAUGAAUUUGAACACAGAGUAAAUUUAAUAAGACUUGCGCAUCUGCAAGCUGUAAGAAUAAGAAACGCCGCUAGAUUUCGACGUUUAGAAACUAUAAGACUGUACACGCCAUCUUCUGUACGUGAGAUGUUUGUUGCCCUACAAUCAAACAACACUGAUAACCAGUCGGACAACGGACCUUCACAACAAAGUACCUCAGAUAGUAGUAAUCGACGAACUUUCACCGCAUAUCGACCACAUAUUCUUUCUCCGCGAGAAUCAAAUAACAGAACGCAAGAUGAUUCGAAUACUUUUCAUACUGUGAUGAACAAUGCACCAAUGCCACUAAUGCAGGUUAAUGACCUUCCUGUACCUUCUGAAGCAUCAGGAAGUCAGCCGCAAAGACUUCCAAGAAUCCACGAAUAUCUACAACCCAUAAUUUUGGCACAGAAUGCAAUGGCAGUAGAUGAAGAUGGGAUUCCAAAUGGGGGUGGGGGCGGUGGCAAUGGUGGCGGGGGUGGAGGCGGAGGUGGCGGUGGUAGUGGAGGUGGAGGGAGAAACAUGGGAGCCAGGCGGAUGGGCGGGAUGGCUGGCUUACUUGACGCUGGUAUUAUUUCCGAUACCCUCCCAGCGCCCUCACAUCGUGUACAGGCCUGGGAUUUCACUACUGGCGCUACUCCCGACAUUGCUGAUAGUACAAAAAAUGUUGUGGUGCAAAGGUGCAGGAUCCACAAUGAUGCUAGUAUUGACAUUUCCAAAGAUGGACGACUGCUAGUGGCGUUACUACCUGUGCCCAGACUUCGCAACACUAAUCACUGGUUGGGUGUGUACUCAUUGGAGUGGUCGCGUCUAGGUCACUGCUUGCACACAGCUGUAUUAGAACAGAGUGCGGUAUCUGUAGCACUGUCGCCUACAGCUCGGCACUUGGCGGUGGGAUUGGGUUCCCGCCGCUUUACAACCACGCCCCACGCUAGGAAUAACGUAUUUGCGCUGCUCUAUCGCCUUGAACCUCUGGAGAAUACAAGCCGAACCGGUUUAUCGCCAAUAAAAGAAUUGGAACAAAACUGGGAACAUGGUUUCACUAGCCUGAAUUGCCUACGUUGGGCGCCACAACCAGGGCAAGGGCUUGUUUACGCCAAUAACACAGGACAACUAAUAAUCAUGAGUUAA